AUGAUGAUUACUUCGACACUCACAACCUUACGUUUCACAGUUGGCCCACCAGAGAGGAAAAGUGCGAUAUCCUGGGCAAGGCAUCUAGUGCGGUUUAUCGUGCAGUUUUCCAGGCUUGAAGUGCUACGUCUAGGUUUUGAUUCUCGUAUUCAAAAAGGGGAUCUUAAGGCGCUAAGCGAAGGCAUUUGCCUCAAGAAUCUCCGCGUCUUGGAGAUCGACACAGUCAGUGGUACGGAAGAUCAUUUAGCUAGGCUACUUCUUGCCCAUAAAAUGACUUUGCGCGACGUGUAUCUGGAAUUAAUCGAACUUCCAACUCUAGAGUCCUGGAAAUCAUUACUCACGACUAUUCGGGAUGAAAUUUGUUUAGACUGCCUUGAAAUCACGGACUGUGAAGCCAGUCAUCGUAUCAUUAUGUUCGGCGACAAGCAGUUAUCGGAUUCUAUUAGCAUCCAAGGAGGGAAAAAAGUUUUGGAUAAUCUCAUCGGGACACUAAUGUUGGGGAAGAUGAUCUGA